AUGAGUAGGUUCUCGAGCGCUGACAAACGUAUUCGAAUCAAAAUUGAGAGACCGGGUUCACUCGAAGGCAACUCACCACACAAGCGGCGCCUGAACCUCCCCACGCAAGAGAUAGAAGGAUGGUCGGCUCAAGAUGCGUUCCGUGAGCUCUAUCAAUUCUGGUUUGACGCGAUUGCUGAAUCUUUUAGCCUUAUCGGUGGAUUUACUCAAACCUACGAGGAGUCAGCUGGCUCUGUCACUGUGAAGGCAACACUCAAAGGAAUUCCCGGCUACCUGGGAUUCAUUGAAUACUCUAAAGUCACAAAGCGCGUCUCGUUGGUGGUCGCUGAUUACCAUCUGCUUUCGACAGAAGCUGGAACGACAGUCGAAGUCAAUAACCGAGAUUCGACAAUAGCUGGCCUCUUCAAGUUUCGGAACGAACGAAUCAAACUUGCGGCUCUAUCUCUGUGCAAAGAUGGAUGCAAGUUUUCGAUCAAUUCGCGGGACCGUUAUUGGGUUUUCGAACUGGAAGGGUCAGGCUCGCUACUCAUGUGCAAGACUGCUUGUAUGCGUGAAAGCGCUGUCGGCGAGAUUGAACGAAGAACCAAGUCUAUAUCAACUCUGAGAAGUCGUCAAUCAAAGGAUGUCUCCAUCUUCAUCAACUCAGAUACGACUCUAAUCUAUAUGGGCAUGUUUAGACAUUGGUUGACUGUCGCUCUCGACAUUUGUGACUUCUCCCUUCCGUCAGAAACCAUCACGACCGUUUAUGGGGACAUUCUGCUUGACAGGAAGUUCUCGGGCAAAGUGUUUUUACAGGGAGUUCUGCUGCCGGAAACCAAACUUGGACGCGGAAAGUUCACGUAUGGCUAUAAUCUUCAGCACGCCACAGUCUCGGGGAACAGAAGAAGCUUUUCCAGCCCUCAAGAAGAGGCUAUGCGCCUUUGCCGUAUCUGGGAGGCUGCAAUAGCGCAAAAAGCCGCUAAUGCGUUGCAGAAGUAUGUCUUUCUGCUUACCGACCGAUGUGGUCCACUUGACAUCAGCGAUGCACAAAAUCACCUCAGCGCAUCCACAGUCAAGGCAAUCUGGGCAUAUUUACGUCAUAUGGAUGGCGGUAAGAACUUCUAUCACGCCAAUAUUCCAUCUGAUGUAAGGCUACACGAAAGAAUGACUCUUGUUGGCAUGGCCGGAUGA